AUGGUCCAGAUUCCAAAAGUUAUCGCAAAGGUUUUUGAUACGUUCCCCUUGAGGGUGUAUGACAUGGAACCCAGUUCAGUCACUGAUGCGGCAAAUAGAUUUCAUUUUAAAUCUGAAACACAAGUUAAUAAUGGAAAUAGUUUUACAAUUGGCGUCCAUAAUGUAAUUGAGUUGAAUAUUGGGAACCAAUCAAUUUUAAUACCGUCUGAUCCUGUUUCAUUUGGCCAUUCACUCAUACUCUGCUACAAAAACAAUUUAAGAUUGCCAUCCACUAAACAAGAUCAAAACUCUUCAGCUAGCUCAAUUAUGGCCAUGUCAUUCAAUGCUUCACCAGACUUACAACUACCAAUACUAAUCGAAGAUUUAAAGGAGUCCAGAAGCAUAAAAACAUACCCUGCAAUUAGAAAGUCCAUUGAACUGAAUAACAUAAAAAAUAAUACAGAGCACUAUUUAUUAAAUGAGAUGAUUGACCAGCAAUUAUAUGACUUGUGGAUAUUAUGUCUUUUAACGGAAGAGAUCACAGAAGACACAUUAUUAUCUAUAUUUAAAGUAGAUAAGGAAUUGAAAGCAGUUGAAGCUAUUUCACGUUUAGAAGCUAUUAAUAUAUUUUCUCUGAUACCUAAAUGGAAUUCUUUUAAAAUAAGACACCCCACAUUGUUUGUGAAUAGGUCACUUAAACUUGAUCGCUGGACUAUAUCCGAAGAGACCAAUAGACACGCAAUGGAGAUCCUAUACGACAGAAAUUUAAAGCUCUUUAAGAGGGACUUUGGUUCUUUGAUUGCUUAUUCCAAAAAUGCGUCAGAAGAUUUCAAAGUUGUUGAAUUGAAGAUCAUUGGAUUUGUUGUUAUAAUUGACACACUACUUCGUGAUACGAAACUUGGAAAUAUUCUUUCUACGUAUCAAAAUUAUGUUGAUUAUUGUUAUAAAGUAUUGGAAGAUGAAUUUUGUUAA